UCUUAUUUCCAUUCCCUCUUUUAAUUAGAUCUUAAAAUUUCUAGGGCUUCGGCAAUUUCGAAAAAAAAAUAAAAAAAACUGAUCAGGAAUUAUGUUAUCGCAGUCCGAAUCUACUACUACUGCUACUACUUCAUCAGAUUCCUUACAGGUUGGAGAUGAUCCCUCGACGUCUAAUCAAGACUCACUUCCGCCGCCACCACCACCACCACCGUCACAAAUUCCUCCUCUUUCAUGGCCUGAAACAGGAACAAUAACCCAAGAUUGGAUCCAAAACUUAAUUUCAACAUUUGAAUGGUCAUCCAAAUUUCUUAAACCUACUGAACUUCCUUCAGUUUUACCUGUAUCUGUUUUCGAUAAAUUAAUACUUACAGCUUCAAAGUUACUACAUAAAGAACCUAAUUGUGUUACAAUUGAUGAGUGUGAUGAAAAUUCAAGUGUUGUUGUAGUUGGAGAUGUUCAUGGACAAUUACAUGAUGUAAUCUUUCUAUUGAAUGAUGCUGGUUUACCUUCAGAUAAUAGGUUCUUUGUUUUUAAUGGUGAUUAUGUUGAUAGAGGAGCUUGGGGGUUAGAGACUUUUCUUCUUUUGUUAGCUUGGAAGGUCUUUUUGCCGCAUAGAGUGUUUCUUCUUCGUGGGAAUCAUGAAUCUAAGUAUUGCACAUCUGUGUAUGGUUUUGAACAAGAGGUGAUGUCCAAAUAUGGUAGUGAUGGAAAACAUGUCUACAGAAAGUGUCUAGGAUGCUUUGAAGGACUUCCUUUGGCAUCUAUAAUAGCUGGGCGUGUUUACACGGCUCAUGGAGGACUUUUUCGAGGUACUCCAGUUACCCCAUCAAAGAGGCCCAAAGGAAAGAAAGGUCGUAAAAUUGUUUUGAAGCCUGAUUUGUCCCCUUUGACACUUGGUUCCCUUGAGGAAUUAGCUAAAGCGAGGAGGUCGGUUCUUGACCCACCAUGGGAAGGUAUGAAUUUGAUACCAGGUGAUGUUCUCUGGUCUGAUCCGUCGAUGAAACCUGGUCUUUCUCCAAAUACAGAAAGAGGUAUUGGUUUAAUAUGGGGUCCUGACUGCACUGAGGAAUUCCUCAAAAAGUAUAAUUUAAAGUUGAUUAUUAGGUCACAUGAAGGUCCUGAUGCAAGGGUAAAACGACCUGGUCUACUAGGAAUGGGGGAGGGAUACACCAUUGACCAUGAGGUCGAAUCGGGGAAGUUGAUUACCAUCUUUAGUGCUCCUGACUAUCCACAGUUUCAGGCAACAGAGGAGAGAUUCAACAAUAAAGGGGCAUAUAUUGUUCUGGAAGGCCCAAAUUUUGAUACACCAGUCUUUCACAGUUUUGAAGCUGUAGUUCCAAGGCCGAAGGCUAACGCUUUCUACAACUACGUGGACGCCAUUGAUUCAGAUGAAGAACUGGACUUGCCGCCCGUAUCAGAUUUGUCUUCCUAACUCUUUUCAUAUAAUAUAUAUACCAGAGAAGGAAAGGUUCAAAAUCUGAUGGCAAAGAUAAACAUCCGUCAGGACUAUUUUUUUUGCUAUGACUCAACUUUUACAUCUGUAUUUCUGUCAUUCUGUGUCCAUCAUUCUUUGCUGCAAAUUUUGUAUACAAAUUUGUGGAGUUUUUUUUGUUUGUUUGUGUGUUUCAUUGUCUUCCCUGUCCAGUGUAAAAAAAUCUUUAUGCCCCAAAUUUUAAGGGGCAGCAUGUAUAAUUACUUUUGGUGGCAGUGUGAAUCACCACUUUUUUUGGGGAUAAAUUAAUGAAAGGAAAACAUUUUCUUGUUAGUAAAAA